UCUCCGUCUUUUCUGUAGUUGAAUGGUUUGAUGGAUUGAAUGCUCUGAGAAGGUUUUGAUGGAGAUUGAAGGCGAAGAUGAUUCGAGAAUAAUAGUUGGAAAUGGCUCGAAGGAGUGCGGAAGAGGGUUAGGAUUUCCAUCUAAUGAUAGAACAGUUUCCCGCCGCCAUGUUUCAUUUGAAUUACUUACCUCUUCUAGGAUUGGGAAUAAUCACGAGGACAUCAAUCCAGAUUCGGAACCUAUGAUUUCUUUUGAAGUUUUGGGGAAGAAUCCUAUUUGGGUGUUCAGCAGUAACGGCGGUGAUGUUAGAACUUUCCGGAGGUUUGAUAGAGGGGAACUCAGAGUCGAUGAUCAGUUCUGUGUCUCUGCAAACAAACCCAUCUUGUUUAGAAUGAAGAAAAUUGAGGUUAAAGUCCCUGAAGGAAAAGAGCAAUGCGUCCCAAAGGCGGUCGAGUGGAGCCGAAGGGUUUCGGAGGCAAAAGGAAUGGCAGAAACUAUUCAAAACGUUGAUGGGAAGUUUGAAGGGGACGAGAGUUUUGGUUUUGAGUCGCUAAACGUCUCAGAUAUUGACCCCGUUAUAGAGUUUGGUUUUGUGGUAAUGGGCCAUGAAUUUGACCGCUACCCGAAGCAAAUGGUUCGAGAUAUAAAUGAUUGGGAGUGGUACCUUGAAGAACCAAGGGAAAAUAUUGAAGAUGAUGAACUGCUUGAGAGAAAUAGGACCAGAGGGAAGAAAAUUGGUGGAAGAAAGAAGAAGAGAGAUAAAAGAAGUGAUGAUGAGGACUGGACGGGUGAGAGUGAAGAUGAGAAAGUGCUAAUGGAAAAAAUAAGAAAAGCAAAAAGGCCCAGACAUACUAUGGCUAGAUCACAGGACCAUGGCGAAGCCUCUAAGGAUAUGGGAAGUAUUAAACAUUCAGUGCAGAGGAAAACUGUCUGUUCUGAUCAAGGUGAAGAUGAAGAAGAUGAGGAUGAAGAUAAUCUUGGUGGUUUCAUUGUGAAUGAUGAUGACCUAGAACUAGAAGAACAUGAAGAAGAGGAGGAGGAGGAAGAAAAAGAUUAUGACGAUGAUGACGAUGACAACGGAAAUGAUGACGAUGAAGGCAAUGAUGACUAGAAGUCAACAUCUUGGAAGCAGCACGUAAGCUGGGAACAUGGUCACAUGCAUUAUGAUGUAUGUAUUUGUAAUUUUGUAUGUCACAGAUUUCUGUGACUUUUUGGUUGUUUCUUAAGAAAUGUUAUGUCAUAUGUGCUUUUUUUCAUCUUUGCUCUUCUCCUUUGGAAAGAAGUAGUAUUUCCCUGUAUUCCAUCAUACUCCUCUGGUAAUCUGUAAUGAAAUGGAAAUACUUUUAGAUUA